CCCGAGAUGCGGGCAACACUAUAAGCGGGCGGAGCGGCGUGCGGGUGAAGAAACGUCACUCAAAAUCUCAACCGGCUGCCGAUGCAUACGCGCACCGUAUAAUUUGUCUUUUUGCAACUUUGUUAAUUCCAAAAUAAACCAUUACAACCAAGCAAUUGUGUUUGGCCUAAACAAAUGGUCCAUCGAGCCUCAACAAUCAACAACGAAAAUACAGUCCACUCAUUUAAUACGUUUGGAGCGAACGAAGUGCAGCAAAUUAUCGCGACAUCGGCUCAACGGCCGCCGGAGUCAAACUUCAGACAUCAAGACAAAGGAAGUACCGUGUGGACAGGGGAAGAUAAAGUGAGUUCGUUCCAUAUUUUCCCUUCUAAAUCCUCUAUAAUUGGCUUCCUAUUGUGUUAAUUGUUCAAUUUUACGCUUAUGCAUUUACGAGCGCCUAAUUACCAUAUAGUGUAGUACCCACUUUUUUUUCUUUUUUUUUUCGUAAUUCUUAUCGAUAUUUUUUUCCUUUAAUUCAACAAUGGCCCAGCUAGAUGUUUUAAUUCGCAAACGUAGUGGCAUGAAAGCCAAGCUUACAAAUUUCUCCAAUUAUAUUAGCUCAAUUGGCGCUUCCGGCAUAGUCUCCGAACUUCAACAUGAAUUACAAUGUCGAUUAAAUAAAUACGAGGCAUUAUACGAUCAAUUCGAUGAAUUACAGGUGGAGAUUGAGGUGUGUUCCGACAAGCCAGAGGACGAAUACGAGGAACGUUCAAAAUUCGAAGAGCGUUAUUACGCGCUGAUGGCGCAAGCGCGCAAUCUGCUGUGCAGAGAUGGUGCAGCAGAUGACGGCCGCUCUGUUGCAGGUUCGAUAUGCAAACAAGCAGCUAUGGUGAAAGUGAUUGACGACAACGGCAACAGCAUGGACGCACGGCUUCUACUCGAUAACGGCAGUACGGCAAAUUUUAUAACGCAGUCGCUUUGCAGUAAACUAAAAUUAUCUACACGUUCCGUUACAAACAUGAAGGUGGAGCAUUUGCAGCGUUAUCAAAGAAUCAAUUAUAUAAAGCAGCAUUUUUGGAAGCGGUUUUCUAAAGAAUACGUCUCUUUACUUCAAACAAAAACUAAAUGGUUCCAUUCAACAGGACAACUAUCUGUCGGAACUCUUGUAUUAUUGAAGGAAGCAGGUCAACCUCCUCUACUGUGGCCAUUGGGACGAGUCACCAAAAUUUAUCCUGGCGUCGAUGGAGGCUCAAGAGUGGCAGAACUAAAGAUGAAAGGAAAAACUGUUCUACGGAGCUACAAAAACAUCUGUCCUCUUCCCUUGGACUAGAACCUUCUCGUCACUCUGCUACCACAACUCUUCCAUUACAACCACUUACAUCUGUUUCUUCACAGCCGUGGGCCCAUCACACUGCUUCUUUGAACAAAGGUGUUCAACCCGGGGAGGAUGUUCGCGCCCGAGAUGCGGGCAACACUAUAAGCGGGCGGAGCGGCGUGCGGGUGAAGAAACGUCACUCAAAAUCUCAACCGGCUGCCGAUGCAUACGCGCACCGUAUAAUUUGUCUUUUUGCAACUUUGUUAAUUCCAAAAUAAACCAUUACAAC